AUGGCCCUCAGCUUCUUCAGUAGCGGCGGGAGCUCAAGUAGCGCCAAGUAUUUCGACAUUAGAUUGAACGACGAAUAUAUCGUGUUUCGCGGUGGUGAACAUGAAGCCGCCAGCGCCCACCUUCGGGGCACUUUGAUUCUCUGCCUGUCCGAGCCGCUGACCAUCAAACACCUCCGACUCCAGCUGACGGGCAUGUCCCGCGUGUGUUGGCAACUACCAUCCACUUCAGCCUCUGGUGGCCGCAAAUCGUGGCGAGAGCGGGUCUUCUACGAUAAGACAUGGCGAUUCCGGGACCCGGGUAAGGGAAAGACCGAGAUUCUUCCGGCGGGCAACUAUGAAUACCCGUUCGAUGUGGUAUUGGAGGGCUCCAUGCCUGAGAGCGUGGAGGGUCUGUCGGAGACUUGGGUGAUGUACCGCUUCAAGGCCGAAAUUGGUCGCAAGUACGCCAAAGACAUUGUCGCUCGCAAGCCUCUGCGCAUUAUUCGCACUCUCGACCCCAGUGCCCUCGAGCUUUCACAUGCAAUGUCGGUGGACAACAUUUGGCCAAACAAGAUCGAAUAUUCCAUCAGCACCCCAACUAAAGCGAUCGUCUUCGGAACCGCCAUUCACGUCGACUUCAAAUUGAUCCCUCUAUUGAAGGGCCUACGAAUCGGUCAAAUUACGUCACAAUUGAUCGAAAGUCAUGAUCUCACGCUCAACCCAGAGGAUCCAGACUCCAUUCGCAACACCUAUAAAAUAACGAGAACCAUUCUGACUGACGAACACGAGUUGGAUGAGGACAAUAUCGAAAUUAUCGACGAAGCCGCAGAGGGCUACCAUUGCUCGCGUGUGCUGGACAUGCCGCAAACCUUGACCCGCUGUCUGCAAGACACCGACACUAAGGGCAUCAAAGUUCGCCACAAGCUCAAGUUCCGAAUCCAGCUGCACAACCCGGAUGGGCAUGUCAGUGAGCUCCGAGCUACACUCCCGGUCUCGAUAUUUAUCUCCCCGCAUCUCGCGAUUGAUGAAAACAAUCAUCUCCGCGGACAAACCCCCCAAUCGACCCGGAUUGCAGUGGAUGAGUUCGCCCACCAAGCCCCUCCUCUUUACGGCGAGCACACGUUUGACCAGCUAUAUGGCGAGUUGGACCCCAAUGGCUACCGCACACCAGGUCCAGGCAGUGGUCCAGGCACUCCUUUCACUCCCCUUAGUCGCAACAUGUCUUCUGAGAACCUGGCCUCCAUGAACGCCCUGACCAACACCGAUAUCUCAGCUUCAGCGCUGCACCACCGUCUCACAAAUCUCAACGCUGCCUCCCGACACCACCCCGCAACCCCCGGUGCAGCGACCCCCGGGGGUAUGAUGACCCCGAGCGAUGGAUUCAUUGGGUCCCAAUCCCCGACCGACGGUCACACCAUCCAUCGCCAGUUGGGUGUCCCGAAUGACUACUUCGGUCCCUCGUCCGGAUCCAACUCGCACAGCCACGGUAGCCCCGAAUUAUCCCGCCGGCCCUCCGAUGAAGUGGAUCACGAAGCCCUGCCCUCAGGCAUGGCCACCCCAUUCCACCCCCAGUACGCCGAGGUGGAAACUCUGAGCCGGGUGCCCAGUUACUCGACCGCAGUGCGGUGCGCCGUUCGACCCCGCGACUCUGGGCUUCCGGACUACAACGCGGUGAUCGCCAGCAGUCUACCUACCAUUUCGGUUCCCCAGUCCCCCCAACAAGCCUACAUCCGCAGUGGCCGGACAAGCGGGGUUGCGACUCCUUUAGAGGUGCAGAAUCGCCCCGGUUACUUCAACUCCGGCACCCAAGCUGACGACGAGGAUCGCAGACUUAGACUUGUGCAAGCUCGCGCUAGAGCGUGA